AGAUCGCGUAACUCUGAGCAUAUGCGCGCCUGUGUGUACUAUUAGUGGCGCUCCAGACGUCUGGAACGGAGCAUGUAAUCGCUUAUGCACGUGUGUCAACCCGCGUCUGUGUUCGCUGCGUGAUGUCGACGUGAAACCCGUGGAUUGUAAAUACCUUUGCGAACGUCACCGCCAUGUUUGCCAGAUUCUUCACGAAUGUAGACCUACCUCAGUCGCCCAGGAACCUGCCGGUGAUGGGGCUGGAGCAGGAGGAGAGGGCGUCCCUCCUGGGCUCUCAACAGUACGUGUUCCAGUCGUCCGGCUCCGACACCUACUCCGGGGACUUCUUCGAUGAGGAGGAGGCCGGGGACUCUUCGGGCCUCGUGAAGCAGUCGGGCCUCGGCUACGGCACCUGGAGGGCCCCCGACGAAGGCAUCACACUCACGUGGCGGGACCUGAGCGUGUACGUGCCGCAGAAGAGGAGCUGGUUCCGAAGCGACGCGGGACAUCGACCCUUCAAGCGAGUGCUCAACAAUGUGUCUGGAGCCGUACGACCUGGCAGUCUCGUGGCUCUUAUGGGCUCUAGUGGCGCCGGGAAAUCCACCCUGAUGAACGCCUUGGCCCACCGUACCCCCGGGGGAGUCAUCGUGGACGGGGAGAUCCUCGUCAACAGCCGUCGUGCCAACCGUGCCAUGGCGUCCCUGGCAGGAUACGUGCACCAGGAUGACCUCUUCGUCGGUUCGCUCACCGUCAAGGAGCAUCUGAUGUUUAUGGCCCGCCUCAGGAUGGACCGACGCAGGACGCAGAAGCAGCGAAUGGCGCGCGUGCUGGAGCUCAUGAAGGAACUGGGUCUCCUGAAGGCGCAGAACACGCGGAUCGACCCGGGGCAGGACAAGUCGCUUUCGGGAGGAGAGAGGAAGCGCCUGGCGUUCGCGACGGAGAUUCUCACCGACCCGCUGCUCUUCUGUGACGAACCAACGACCGGCCUCGAUUCCUACAACGCUCGAAAACUCGUCAGGAUGAUGAAGGACAUGGCAGCGAGGGGCAAGACCAUCCUGUGCACCAUCCACCAGCCUUCCUCUGAGGUCUUCGCCAUGUUCGACAAGCUCCUCCUGCUGGCCGAGGGGCGUGUGGCGUACAUGGGUUCCUCGUCGGGUGCUCUGGAGUUCCUGGACAGCCUCGGCCACAAAUGUCCCUCGACCUUUAACCCGGCCGACUACUACAUCCACACCCUGGCGGUCCUUCCCGGGCACGAACAUCGAUCUCGCGAGCGGAUCAAGAGGAUCUGCGACAACUUCGCCGUGUCCGCUUACUCCAAGGACAUCGACAUUACGAUCCAGUACCAAGACAACAUGUGCAUCUCGCAGUCGGAUUCGGGGGCGAGUUCUCAAGAGGACCAUUUCUUCAGGAGUAUACCACAAAAACCCAACUGGCUCGUUCAGUUCUGGUGGCUCACGUGGCGCUCCCUCGUCGACUCCUACAGGAACCCUGCCAUUCACUCCAUCAGGAUCAUGCAGAAAAUUCUCAUUGCCUUCCUUGUGGGUGUUUGCUACACCAACGUCACGCUGAACCAGGCCGGCAUCCAAGACAUCGAGGGCGUCCUCUUCAUCUUCAUCACCGAAAAUACAUUCCCUUCUCUCUACGGAGUCCUUAACAUCUUCCCCCAAGAACUGCCUCUGUUCCUGCGAGAGUAUAAGAACGGGAUAUACCGGGCCGAUACCUACUACCUCUCCAAGAUGGUGGCGCUGAUCCCGGGCUUUAUUGUAGACCCGGUCGUGUUCUGCAUCAUCUGCUACUGGAUGGUUGGUCUGCAGAGACAUGCCUACCACUUCUUCAUGACCAUUCUGAUCACAAUCUUCACUGCCAACACUGCUUCGGCCUGCGGUUCCAUGUUCUCAGCUAUGUUUGAGAGCAUUCCCUACAUCAUGCUGUUCCUCAUACCCUUCGAUGUUGUCCUACUCAUCUCAGGAGGACUGUUCAUCAACCUCUCAUCAAUGCCAUGGUAUAUUGGCUGGGUGAAGUAUUUAUCCUGGUUCAUGUACAGUAAUGAGGCACUUACUGUUACUCAGUGGUCUGAUGUGACAAAUAUCACAUGCGAGAUGCCGCCUGGUGUCCCCUGCAUCAGCAACGGGCAGCAAGUCAUUAAAGAAUAUGCCUUCAAUGCAUCUCAUCUGCAUUAUGACUUUGGACUCUUAACACUUCUCUACAUUGGCUUCCAUCUCCUUGGUUUCUUAGGGUUGUACCUACGAGCAAGAAAGAAGUGAAGCAUAGAGUUCUAUAUAGGAUAUAUAAAUAGCUUGCAUCUUUUAGAAAAGAAAAUGGGAGGCAUUAGUCAGAUCAUGUGUACUUCCUUGGAACUGUGGUCUAAUAUGCAGGCCAUGAACGUUCAUGUGCAAUUUUAAUGGACGUGACAAUUGCUGUGCUGAUUAAAGAGUGAAGUGAAAAGGUUUAGAUAAAAUUUCAAAAAUAAAGCCAAACCAAAUGACUUAUGGCUAAGAUAUUCCAGAAUUAAACUUGCUCAAUGUGAAGUGUUACAGAUACAGACAACUUCUGUUCAUAUUGUUCACUUUUUAAAUACUGGAUUUACCAUGGUGAUCAUCUAGGUUGCAUUGUUUUGAUUUUUUUUUUAUUUCUUAUUAGUUUCCAUAUUUGAUUAGUUAUAUUUGUGUUAUAUUAGAUAGUGUGAAUGAUGUUCAUACUGGAGAGCAUGAAACUUAAUUCUUGAGAUAAUGAAACUUAUAUAGUCCAGUGUAUCUUUCAGAAAUGUAAUGGUCAUUAAAUGAUUGCUUUACUAAAUCCAAUUAAAAAGGUACAGUGGAAAUCUCUUUAUCAUGUGAGUUGGACAAAUCAAUGACUAUUAAGUAAAAUUUUGCUGAAAAUUUGAGUAAAGAAUGAAUGUAUCUGAUGCCCUUCCAGUGCUGUAUUUUAUGUUAUAUGCCAGAAUUAAGAAAUACAAUAUAAGAUUUAAAAUGUAAUAAGUCAUUACAUUGAGUCUAGUUUUGAUUAGACCAAAAAAAUCUAUUACUAUCAGCAUUGAGUGGUAUGAACAUGAUCACCUGAAGUAAUGUUUGAUCAAACAAAAUAUACUGUUACUACUUUAUGUAUUUUGACUUGAUUCUCUUCAUGGUUAUUAUACAUCCUAUAAAUCUUUUACUUCAAUUUUUUUCAAUAUUUGUAUCUCUGAUAAGUCUCUUAUAUGCUCAUUUUGUAACUGUGAUGUAAAUUACUCCAUUUCAAUGCUAUCUAAUGGUGUUGAUGUACCAUCAGUUUAACUUCUGAAUACACAAUUCUCUUCUUUUGCUAUGACAAACUGGCAGUAGAAUCCAAAAUAAAAGAACUUGUAUAUUGAUA